AUGGGAAAACUUCUAAACGAACAGCUGAUCAAGUGCGGAGUGUGCUUCCUCCUCGGGUUCUACAUAAAAGAAAUAGCCGAAUGGGGAAACGGGAAAAAAAAAAAAGCGAGCGAAAUGCUGAAGUGGAUACGCUCCAAGGUGGAGACAGUCAUAUGCCCCUACAUGUUGUCAUCGCGUUAUUACACAAAAGUACAGAAAAUGGAAGGAGACUUAUUUUAUAAAAACUUUGAUAAACAAAUAAUCGAUAAGUACGGCAAGUACAUGAACAUACAAGACAUUCCACCCGAUUCACUUGAGAAGAUUUUCCAGACGAAGGUUUUAAUCGUCGGCCUGGGAGGACUAGGCUCCCCAGUCUGCCUGUACCUAACCAAAUUUGGUUUCAAAGAAAUAGGGCUAAUUGAUGGAGACAAAGUGGAGGAGUCAAAUUUGCAGAGGCAAAUCAUACACGCAGAAAAACAUACCGGAAUGAAUAAAACCCUGUCAGCCAAAUUGACGGUAAAAAACAUGGGAAAUGAUGAUGCAAAUAUAAAAUGUUACCCAUUUUAUUUAGACAAAACGAAGGGAUUGCAAAUUGUGAAAAAUUACGACAUUGUUGUCGAUUGCACGGAUAAUAUAGCGACCCGAUUUUUAAUUAAUGACCUGUGCGUUUUGUACAGAAAGAAAUUAAUUUUCGGGAGCGCACUAGGGCUAUAUGGACAGUUAAACGUUUUUAACAUGACUAAGGAAACUUCCAACUGUUAUAGGUGCCUCCAAAACUUUAAUAACCACACAGAAGGCAAUGACUGUGAUGAAAAUGGAAUCCUCUCCACCGUAGCUGGGAUUAUUGGCAUUUUACAAGCCAAUGAAGUGAUCAAACUGUCCGCCAAUUUGCACCAGGAAAGUUUGCAAAACUUUUUAACGUACAAUAGUCUAUCCAGUAGGAGGCCAUUCGAAACACUGAACAUGAAUAGAAAGAAUCCAAAUUGCGUUUGCGCCUGGGGAGACUCUGCAAAGCUCAGGGAGUUCAUCGAACGGAACGACUACCAAGGGGGGGGUGGCAAUACGAUUGACCCCACCUGCGUUAGCGGUAAAGGUAUGCCCGCCUACCAGUACGAUAUAGGCGUCCCCCACUUUCUGGAGGUCCUGAACAAAGAUUUCUCCUUCUUCCAAUUCCCAGUAGACCAUUUAUGCAUUUUGGACGUACGUAAAUACAACAACGCAAAUGUGUACGGCUUAAAGGAUUCCAUCAAGUGGAGCUUCUACGACAUUAUGGAGUCUCUGAAUAAUUAUGCCAACAGCUCCAUCCACCUCACUCGGCUUAUUUUGGAAAAGCUAGAAAUUUCCAAACGUACUGGAAAUGUAGUUAUCAUUGUCAUAUGCAGAAGGGGCAUUGAUUCUUUGAAGGUGGCCAAAUAUUUUAAUAACUUUUUUUUGGUGGAUUCCACAGAGGGCAGCAAAACAUCACCCCCUCAGGAUUCUUCGCCCGACGCUUCCCUCAAAAUUUGCCAAAACCAAAAAACUGCCAACAAAUCGGAGUUUCAGGACAAGCAGAUUUUUACCUACAAUAUGAGGGGCGGCUACCUGGAGCUUCAAAAGAGGGUGUUUAAAAAUUUGCCAUUUUUGUAACCCCGUUGCGGUUAGAUAUCGUGGUGACGAAGAUAAUAUUAUGGUGUGCUUUUACGUGAGAGCACAAUUUUUUUUGAAAUGGCGUGGGAACCUCUCCAAAUGGGCCCCUUCAACGGUUAGCAGCGUGUCUGAUCAGCUGUGCGAGCGGCACUUCUCCCGCUGCACGUAUUUGUCCGGUUUACCCCCACCCACAAAGCAGUUAUAUUCAUAAACGAAACUUACAUACAGCUGCUGCUCCGUUGUUCCUCCCCAUUUGUUCCUCAUUUUUUUUUUUUUUUUUGUAAACUCCUCCCAACUGUUUUUCUCCACCCCUUCUGGCGAAACUGAAAUGGCGCCUCGUCAAAUGGGGCGGAAAUUUUCGCUCUCCAUUUUUUCCACAUUUCCCGAGCGGUAAAGCGGCGAAGCGGCAAAUCCGUUUUUGCCGCCCCCUUUGUGCCAUCACGAUAUGACGCAAACUUUGCCACUUUGAGCGAAACGUUGAAACGAUGUGGAGUU